GAAAAAAUUGAAAUGAAUCGCAAAUAGUCCGUACUUUUUCGCUAGUUUUCGUGAAAAAAAUCGUGUUUUCAUUGUGCAUUGUGUGUUUCCAAGUCAAGCGGCGGUACACGAUGACGAUCGAGGACAGGGUGGUGGCCCGCCUUAACAAGGAGCUGGGCGCGGACUUCGGAGCGCUGAAAAAGAACGAAGCGCUACUGCAGACCUUCCAGACCGACUUGGAACGUCUGGCCGGCAGGAUCGACUUGUCCGAUGAAAGCUGCAUGCCGGAACUGAAGAAUGCGAUCCAGUCGUGCUCGUGGAAGCACACGGAACUGGAGGAAGCGUCCGAUAACCUGGAGGCUUUCGAGGAAAAGCUCUUGCAGAGGAUCGAACGGCACAAGGAAGUGCUGGAACGAAUCGAUGGGCAUCUGAAGAAAAUAUCCAAUCUGGAGAACAUGAAGGAAUAUUACAUGAUUUUACUGGACGUUCAGAACAUUAGUCAGGAGCUGACGGUUUCCAUCAACGGGAAGGACGAGAAUAAAACGAUCAGUUUGUAUGUGGCCUUGAGUGGGAAUUCCAACAGCAUUCUGGACAGGUUGGCUGGGUUGGAUUGUCCCCAUCUGAAGAUGUACGCACGGAACACCGCUUUCUAUUGGCACGAUAUUUUGAAGGAGAAAUUUUCGAAGGAAUUUGAGGCAAUACUGAAAGCAAUUAAGUGGCCCAACUUGAACCAAUCGCUGGAAGUGUUCAACCCUUCCAAGGAGAACCUGAACAAGUUGUCCAUUCUGGCGGAGUAUCUCUUCCUAGUGAAGGUCCCUGGCGAUCAGAAUUUGCUGAGUGUUAAACUUACGCCGUCGAUAAUUUGUCCUCCGAUUAUGGCCCCGAAUGAGUUGCUGCUGAAGCCGUUCCGAUUGAGAUUUGCGUUCCACUUUUCCGGUAACAAACAAACGAACCGACUGGAUAAACCGGAAUGGUACUUUACGCAGAUUCUGUCGUGGGCCAAGGAGAACCAUGUGUUUGUAGGGCAAAACUUUCAAACGCCCGCCAUCAAGGCAGGGGCUGUGAAUCAUAACGUUAGGCUGGAAUUCAUUCGAGGAUUGGUUCAGCUGGCCAUUGAGAAACUGGUCGAAGACAUCGAUAGCAUCUGCCAAGAUGAGGCCUUGUUUGGCCACUUGAUCGAUGAAGUGCUCUCAUUCGAGCAGGAAUUGAAAUCUACCCUCGGAUAUCCGUCGAGUUUCUCAAGUGCCGUGUCGGUCCUGAUUCAGGCCAAGUAUCUGGUCAAGUGGAUGGCAAUCGAAGAGAAGUUUACCACCGACAAAAUGGACGCAAUGUUGAAGAGCGAGGAUCCUUGGAGAUUCCUUGAUCCAGCCAAUUUGGACGAUAUGAAAAUCCCAAGAUGUGCUGACCAGUUCAUUAGGCUGUUGGAUGCAAUCCGGGAGCGGUACUGUUCCCUCCCGCAACCUGGUCAGCAGUUGCAGUUUCUCGAGUUGCAGCUUGAGCUGAUCGACAACUUCCGCCGUCGGUUGGUUCAGCUGCAUAACAGUCCCGGUCCGGAUUGUGUCAGUUCGACCAAAAUCCUGAACGCCAUCAAUUAUAUCACGUCAGUCCUUCGGGAGUGGGGAGAAAACGUGCAUUAUCUGCACUUGCAUGCCGCUCUGUAUGGUCCGCAUGCCGAUGAAAUAAGUUCCGUGUUUGACAAAACGAUUGAAGAGUUGGACCAUUGGCAGAGGGCUUUGGUGAAGGAUCUCGCGUCUCGGGUGGUGGACGACGUGAAGGCAAAAUCCCGCUCCUAUCGGCAUGAUGUUUGGCCCACCAUGAACCAGCUGGACACGAAGGAAACGUUCAUGCUUUCGGCCAGCGCCAGCGAGAUGUUCCAGGUGUUGGUGAACCAUUUGCACAGCCUGGAGGCAGAACUGUCGGCGAAUGUAUUCUCGAUUGUGAUUCGGUUGAUCGCUCUGCAUCUGGACGAGUGGUUCAUCGAUGGGAUGGUGAUGAAUACGAAGUUUUCCACCGGCGGAGCGUUGCAGUUUCAGUUCGAUAUGACGAGGAAUCUGUUUGCCCUGUUGGGCCAGUAUGCCCGGAAGCCGAGUUUGCUGUUCAAGAGAAUAAACGACGCUUGCACAUUGCUGACAAUGCCGUUGGGGUCGGCAAUGUUGCUACAUGAAACUCUCGGUUCAAACAACACGGAGCAAACGGAGGACGCAGUGAGGAACACGCUGAAAGAGGUAGGAUUAUCUAUAUUGAGCAAGUCAGCCGUUGCUGAAAUACUAGAAAGGCGAAACGAUAUUUUCGUAUCCUAAACCUGAUUAGAGGUGGAGUUUGGGCGUCAAUUUGAUACAUUACGAACGUUUAGGUAUAUAGUAUAUUAAUAUUGUGUUGCGAAAAAUAAACCAUUG